GGCGCCUGGAGCGAGGAGGUGGUGGAUCACUUUCUAAGGUGUCAGCGCAUCCGAUCCAGGGACGGAGCGGCCAUCCGGUGGUUCCACGCCGCGAACAGCAAGGCCCGAGCUGCGGAGGCCGCGGGGAGUGAUGUUCACAUGAUAGAAGCAGAUGUUCUUCUUCGUGGUGGCAAGGGAGGAAAUGGAGACCCUAUCAUGGCUCAUCCACCUGAAACAGACAGUGACAACACAUUGCAGGAAUGGCUAAAAGAGAUUAUCAACACAAAUAAAGGCAUCAAGCUGGAUUUUAAGAGUCUAGAAGCCGUACGGCCUUCCUUGGAGCUUCUUGAACACGUGAAGCAGCAUUUGAGGCGACCCGUUUGGAUCAAUGCAGACAUCCUACCGGGACCUAAUGGAAAUAACGCUGUGGUAGAUGCACAAGCGUUCAUUGACACCGUCACUUCCUUGUUCUCAAAUGUAACCUUAUCGCUGGGAUGGACAACUGGCUGGUACCCCAACAAACACAAUAAAGGCUAUGAUUGGAUAAUGGUGAAAGAAAUGGCUCAGAUAUGCAGCACACUUUCCCAGCCUGUAACUUUCCCUGUAAGAGCAGCAUUAGUACGACAGUCAAUACCUGAGCUGUGUUGGUUAAUGCAACAGUCAGAUAGGUACAGUCUCACUCUUUGGACAGGGAAGGAAGAUGUGUAUUCUGUAGAAGAUUUGCUUUACAUCCGAGAAAACUUUGAUAAAAGUAGGGUUUAUUAUGACAUCUUAGAGCCACGAAAUUCUGAAUUCAAAAAAGCCAUAGGAGUUGAAUAG